GCCUUUGGCUACUUCAGGUUCUCCUCUCCACUGUCAACCCACCCGCGUAGUUCGAAACAGCUUGGUGGAAAUGGCGGCGAGACAAAAGUCGUUAAAACACCGACAGGAAAAUAUAAAUACCACGUUUGAGUCCAGUAUAGACUCCACCGCCGUCGAAGAAAAGUUGUUUGGCCAAGCAGAGGAGGACGAGGACGGUGACGGUGACGACGACGGACCUGUGGUCUUUAUCUGCGGGAAGUGCAAGUUGCCUGUUGGGGAUUCAAUGUCCUGGGAUGGAAGUGAAGACUGCCAAAACCAAAUACGACUGAAGCGGGUCACUGACAACGUCGUGGUUGGAGAGGAUUCUCGCCUGCAUGAAGCAAGCAAACGAUCUCUCUGUCUGAUCGUGGAUCUAUUCUGUCGAGGCUGCAACUCGGUGCUUGGUAUGGUUUACGCUUCCACGCCUAAGAACCUGGAUCACAAGAGAUUUGCAUUCUGUCUCAACGUAGCAGACAUUGAGAGUUAUGUGCUUGGCUCUGCAAGCCAGAUGUUGGCAGCAGAGGGCCCCAAAGAGCAGCCAGUCACACUGGAGUACAGAGGCAUUGUUGAACAACAGUUGACAGAGAUGAAAAUGCUGGUCAUGUCCAUGGCACAGAGGCUGGAAGAGAUUGAUGCUGGCCUUCAGGAGGAAUGCGUUGUGGCAUGACGAUGAAGAACAUCACCUUGUCUGGGUGGGUGCUUUGUCCAGGUGUUGAACGCGACUUCUCGCCCGUACAUUUUACAUUAAUGUUUCCUCCUCUAAGUUUCAUCUCAACCACAUUCCCUCAGCCACAUGUUUUGGUCAAGCCUCACCUUGCGCACACACACACACACACACACACAC